GCAUUCAGUGGAUUUGGACACACAUGACAGGAGUGAAGAAUUUUCGUGCUCCCUAUACAAUUACAUUUGACAUAAACUAAGAAUUCUUUGUGUUUUAUAAAACUUAUGCAUAAAAUAAUAUAAUCUUGUAACAAAAUCAUCAAGAAGAUAAUAACAUGAGUGAUAAACAAAAUUUUUUCACAGCUUCAGUUGGAUCAAAUAACACUGUAGAUUAUAAGGCGAGUUAUUUGCAGUGUUUUGGUGGUAGACAUGCAGGACAAGCAUUAAUAAAUAAAUAUGCAAAUUGUGUUGCCAAUUCUUUUGGAAUUAAUUUUGAUGCAGUUAAUCGACAAGUGGCACCCAUCGAAUACAAUAUAGGAUGUAAUGCUUCUAAUUCAGAAUUGAAUAAACUAACGUCAACACUAUGUGGUCAGUUAAAUGUAGGUAUUAAUGAACAAGCUGUUAGGCUGAAACUACGAUCUGAGGUACCACAUUUAACAAGGAAAGAUACCAAUCAAUUAAGACUACCUUUCUAUGAAAUACUUUUCCAAGAAUUAUUACAAAAUGGAUAUCAUUAUGCAUUCACGGAGUUAUUCAAUUUAUAUAAACGUCAGGAUGAGGAUAGACGAAAAGCUGGACCAGAAUCUACUUUAUGGUUUAUACCACCAUUAUCGGAACAACACGAAAAAUUACGUUUAUUAGCUGAAUAUUUGGUGAUUGCAGAGGCUGCAUCACGACGUGUAGAUGAUGUUACAGAGUGUAAUGCUUACCUUAUGCUUGGCUUAGCACUACGUGAUAAUCCAGAUGACUUGUUGGUUGCUGAAUACUUUCUGCAUCUUGCAUUAAUUAUAGCUGAAAGAAUAAAAGAUGAUGGUGGUUUAAAGUUGGCAAUGACUAAUGAAUACUAUGGUGUGGUAUUACAAAGUCAAGGUGAAUACUUGAAGGCGCUAAACUGUUUUCAAAAAUUCUAUAUUCUGACUAGAGAAAAACAAUGGACAAAUGAAAAUGGUGAAUUACUCAGUCAACUUGCUACAAGUUAUUUGGUUAAAAAUUAUUAUUAUUUAAUUGACAACUAUGAUCCAACCUAUUAUUCAGAUAGAAUCAAUUAUUGCAAAAAUGCUUUAGAUAUAGCUAUUCAAAGUAGGAAUUGGUCUCUUGAAGCGGAAACACGGCUCAAAAUGGGUCAGUUACUAGAGGACUCUCAAUGCUAUGAUGAUGCAAUACAUCAUUAUCAUGAAUAUUUUGAAGCUGCUAAUAAACACGAUGAUCAUAUUGGUCUAGGAAAAGCUUGUCAAGCUUUAGCACACUUAUUUCAAAAACAAAAUCAAAUGAAAGAGGCAAUUACUUAUUUGCACAAAUUUGCAACUGUCUGUGAAAAACAUGGCCAAUGGGGAGAAUUAAGCAAGGCAUGUCAGUUACUAGGUACAGCAUACGAUUCAAUUGGUGAAUAUGCUUGUGCAUUGAAAUGGAUGAAAAAGGCCUAUGAUCUUCCUAAUAUGAUUCCUAGUCUGAAACAGAACAAAAGUGAGAUGAUCAUGGAAUCUGCACGUAUCAUGCUUGGUGUCUCAAGAGCUCAUCUAAUGAAUGGGAUGUUUAUAAAUGCAAUAAUAAAUAAUACACCAAGAACAAUAUUAAAAUUAAGUCAUUGGAAGGCAUAUCCUAAGGAUGAAAACCAACUGUUUUCUUUAGAAGACUGUCGAAUUAUAAGUAAACAGUCAGUUGGCAGAAAACCUCAUAGAGAUGUGUUGGCCUGUUCAAAGAAUCCAGUGAGUGGAUUCAUUCAUGAUAUAUUUCAUUGAAUGCAUAACAACAAAGAAAACAGAAAAUUAAAGAAGUAUAAAAUCUUAUUCUCUUCAUUCUAUUCACUCUUUGUUGAAUACAUAAGGGGAAAGUUUAACAAAGAUAAA